AUGACAGAGCUGUUAACUGUCAUAAGUGAGGUCAUCAACUUUGAGAAGUGGGCUUGGGAUGAGUUUGAAGGUCUCUUCAAGCAGCCAGCAGAAAAUGUCAACCAGUAUCUCACAGACUCCAAGUUUGUGGAACGGACGCUGCGCCUGGUAGGCACCCAACCCCUGCAGAUGCUGGAGGCUGUGCAGCAUAGCCUGGUACUACAGCGCCCACAGACCUGGGCUGACUGUGUGACUUGGGCUUACCACCACUGGCACACUCAGUACUCCAACAACAUUUGCCAGCUUUUGUGCAACUUUCCACCUGACCAGCUUACAAGCUCUGGAGCCCUAUUCUGGUCUGGGCCCAAACGCUGUCCACACCCACUCAUCCUUGAUGUCAACAAUCCCCUGCAUCUGGAUUAUGUGAUAGCUGCUGACAACCUCUUUGCCCAGACCUAUGGGCUGAUGGGGUCUCAGGACAGAGCUGCUGUGGCCAUACUUCUACAGUCUGUGCAUGUCCCUCAAUUCACCCCCAAGUCUGCUGUCAAGAUCCAUGUCUCUGACCAGGAGCUUCAGAACACCAGUGCCUCUGUUGAUGAUAGCCGCCUACAGGAGCUCAAAGCCAUGCUUCCCAGCCCAGAGAAGCUUGCUGGGUUCAAGAUGUACCCUAUCAGCUUUGAGAAGAAUGAUAAUACCAGCUUUCAUGUGGAUUUCAUUGUGGUUGCAUCCAACCUCCAAGCAGAAAACUAUAACACUCCCCCUGCAGAUUGGCAUAAGAGCAAGCUGAUUGCAGGGAAGAUCAUCCCUGCCAUUGCCACAACCACAGCAGCAAUAGUUGGCCUCGUGUGUCUGGAGCUGUACAAAGUGAUGCUGGGACUCUGGCUGCUUGAAUCUGAUAAGAACAGCUUUAUGAACUUGGCCCUGCCCUUCUUCAGCUUCUCUGAACCCCUUGCCCCGCCCUGUCACCAGUGCUAUAACCAAGAGUGGACAUUGUGGGAUUGCUCUGACAUACAGGGGCUACAGCCUAAUGGUGAAGAGAUGACUCUCAAACAGUUCCUUAACUACUUUAAGACAGAGCACAAAUUAGAGAUUACCAUGCUGCCCCAAGGUGUAUCCAUGCUGUACUCCUUCUUCAUGCCACCUACCAAACUCAGUGAACAGUUGAAUCUGCUGAUGACAGAAAUUGUGACCAGCCAAAAGCUGGGCCACCAUGUGCGGGCACUGGUUCUUGAGCUGUGCUGCAAUGAUGAGACUGGCGAGGAUGUUGAGGUUCCCUAUGUACGAUACACCAUCCGCUGA